UCCCCCCAUCCCCAACCCCGGCGUGACGGAGGCGCUCGGAGAGAUGCCCCGUGGCGGUAGCAGCAGCCGCCUCUGCCGCAGCGGCCGGAAGCGAAGAAAGGCGUGGGAUACAGAAUGCACACUCUUUCCAGGAGAGAGUGUGUCUGGCUUCAGAAAAGAAGAUGCUGGGACACCUACAGCAAAUACAUCCCUCUCCAAAGCAUGGCUUAAGUGUGGUGAUGGCUUUCAAAGUGACUCUGUGCCACCGAUUAUAGAAUUGUCCACUGAUAUGGCUAUUAUGAAGAAGCACCUUGAAUCCUCCCUCAAGGCUAAGGAAGUAGCUUCUCCAUCUGAAGCUUCAAAGGGACCUUCUGACAUAAUAUGGAGCUCUAGUGGGAGUGAUCUCUCAGAAGAAGAUAAAGAGAUGCCUUGUCAAUCUCAGAAAUAUAAAAGAUGUACUCCCAACAUAGAUGACAACAGCAGUGAAGGUGAGCCUCAAUUCAUUGACUGGGAGAAUGAUAGUGACAGUGAAGAAGACGGUAGUAAUGAAUGUCCCGAAUUUGUAGAAAAUGAGAGUGCGGUGGAAAUAUCAGACUGUAUUUCCUGUGCAAGUAACAGUCCUCAGACUAGUGAGGAGAGAGAACAUGACUUUUCUCAAAUAAGUUCCACUGAAAUUUUGGAAUAUUCCUCAGAUGUUGAAAAACAGGAAGACAUAAAGAAUGUGUUACCCACCAAUUUAGGAGUUGCUCACAAAUACCACUUGAAUUUUGGAUUAGAUUUCGAACAAGACAAAGGAAGACCUGCAAGUGACUGGAUAAAAUCUGCACAGGUGCUUUUACAUACCCCUAAGAAAGAAACAGAUAAGGCUCCUAGGACUCCAGAAGAUUCUGCAAAGAAAAAGAAAAAGAAGCUAUUAAGGGGAGGACUAGCAGAAAGGUUAAAUCGAUUACAGAACAGAGAGCGGUCUGCCAUAACUUUUUGGAGGCAUCAGAGUGCUGCUUCUAACAAAACACUUCCAGGCAAAAAAUCUGGAGUUUUGAUUGUAAAGAUUAUAGAGAUGCAUGAGGAAUGCACAAUGCAUAUCGCCAUCUGUGAGUUGUUAGAGAUGUCUCCUGCUGACAGUCCUUCUAAAGAUGCUGUCCUGGACCCUGGGACCCAACUCAAGGUCCUGUUCACAAAGGAAACUGCAGUUCACCUGAAGGGAGGUCCACAGGAUAUCAUCCAUAUCUACCCUCCCUGGCAUAAGCUUCUUCUUCAUGAUAAAAGUGUUCCUAUUAUUAUGAACACAUACUUUUGCCAGAAAGUUGUCGUCAAAGAAGAUUCAGAAAAACUUGAUAAAAUGCACUGUCUGGGGAUAUUGCCUAUAAGAAGAAAAAUCAUUUCCUUGGCUCGGAUGUUUAGAUUUAAAAGCCAAAUAAAUGAUAUUGCUCAGGAAUCAGAGGGACAUCAGAUAAUGUGCACUAAUGUAACUACUACCAGGACUGGCGGACCCCAUGACUUCCAAGAAACAAAACAGUACAUUCCAGCGCAGCUCUCUAUAAGUGACUCCCUCCUGGAUGUGGUUGAAAGCCAGGGAACAGCCAGAUGGAAAGGAGUGCAGGUCCAGGUGGUGGUGCAAAGAGUAUAUUACCUUCCUAUAAGGGAUGUCUCCAGAUAUCAACAAGGAAACAGCUCUGCCCAGUUGGCUGCCCCAUUGGGAAGUGCAGACCUUCACAGUGCUCGAUGCUGCCUUCUUGUCCAGGAUGCUUAUGGGAUAUUCAGUGAAGUACAUUUGGAAUCCCUCUGUUCUCCUCCAGAAGAUAUCUCUCAGCACAACAGACAGUGGGAAGGAAAAUCCUGCAGCCUGGGAGGAAUGAAGAUUUUACAGAGGACUACCAGAGGAAGGGCAAUGGGACUUUUUAGUCUGAUUGAUAGCUUGUGGCCUCCAUUGAUGCCUUUGAAAAUUCCUGGCCAAAGUCAAGACUGUGGAGAGAUGAAAGCUGAUCAGAAGCCUCCCAGUUUCUGUUAUAUACUCACUGCUUGUCCAGAGCCAGGAGAAGUUGGUAUAAAAGUAGAAAACACAAUUUCUAAUAUCUACCGGCCCCCAUCCAUACAUUCCUUAAAAGACAUUGUUAAGACAGGUGGCGUUGGGGGUCAUCGUUGCAGUUUCCAGGCCCGAGUGAUAUAUCAAAGGCUUCAGAGUCUCCAUACUGUGCCACAUUCACUCCAGGCAUCUUCUCUAUCCCAGUGGAACCUUGGACUUGACCCAGGACGUGGGUCUCUGAUGUUAAAAAGUAAUCUUCCUGUGGACCAAAGGGAAAUUUGGCUGAUAGUGACCGAUGCCACACUGCAGCUGGAAAAUGCCAGCCUCCCAAAGACUGUGCCAGUGUGUGUGACAUCAUCAUGUGUAAUCACCCCUGAAGUCAUGGAAGCCCUCACAGAUGCGACAUCACAUUCCAUCUUCUUCAAAGAUGUUCUACAAGAAAAUGGUAGACUUAUUUGUGUUGAACGAACUGUCCUCAUGCUUCAAAAGCCCUUUUUGUACACGGCUGCUAGUGCUGACACCUCUGAACUGACUAGCCCAGUUAUGCUAGAUGAAUUAGAUUCUACCACUCAAGUGAACUCCAUUUGUAGUGUACAAGGCAUUGUGGUUGGCGUGAAUGAGAACACGGCUUUUUCCUGGCCUGUAUGUAACAGAUGUGGCAGUGGGAAACUGGAGCAGGACCUCUCAGAAAACAGAGGAUCCUUUCACUGUGGCCGAUGCACCCUCACUGUCACAUCUCCCCUUCUCAAAAUGCACCUAGAAGUGGUUUUGGCCUGCCCCUCUAGACCACAGGGUAACAUGAAAGUAAAGCUGUUGCAAAGGAGUAUUUCUUCACUCCUGAUGUUUUCCUCCAGUGAGGAUGGGACUUAUGAAGUGAAGAGUGUGCUGGGAAAGAAGGUGGGGCCAUUAAAUUGUUUCGUCCAGACCAUAACCAACCACCCGACAAGCUGCAUGGGAUUGGAGGAAAUUGAACUUCUACAAGCCGGAAGAAACUAAGAUGAUGACUGCCGGUUGCCAUAGUAUCAAUGAACUUUGCAGUGUGGUUACAAAGUUGUUUUGUAGUUACUUGUUAACUAAAGACCAAGAGGAUUUAUAUUAAUUACAAACAGGAUCUUGAAAUGUCACUUAUUUUCAAUUUCUCUGGGAACACGUUUGGAAAAUGAGUCAUUAAUUAUCAAAAUACACUUUUUUCUACACAAUCAUUAAUUGUGUCAUCAUCAUCAUCUACAGUCGUAGCAAUAUAUUGGUGGAGUUUAAAUAUUGCACUAAAAGCUGAAGUUUCUAAAUGGAUUUUGAUGUUUUAAACAUGGAAGGAAAAUUAAAAUUUUUAAAUGUCAUAGUUGGAACAACCUUUUACUGGGAUUCUAAGGAUUUUUUUCACCUUGUAGUGCUUGAUUUAACAUUAUCUCCUGUAGGUGCAUGCACUUCUACAAUAAAUAUCCAAAGUUCAGUAACUUUGUUAUUUUUAGGAAACAUACUGAGAAACUGUGGCAAAGGUGAAGCUGUUUCCCAUAAAUUGUAGAUAGUUAACCAGUAUGCUAUCAUAUAUCUACUGUAUUAUAAUGGAAGUGUUAGAUAAGAAGUUUUACAACCAAAUCAUACUGUGAAAUAUGGACCCAGAACAAAGAUUAGGUAGAUUUAAAUACCUCUGUGAGAUUCUAAAUCUCCCCAACUACUGAGAAUCCCUUUUACCUAAAUGGAAGAUAAGAAUAUGGUUAUCUUGCUCUUCUUUUGUGGGCAGUGAUUUAAAUUGAAUGUGGAGCCAUGAACUAUUCUUUGCACCCUAAAAAGAUUUUUUGUAUUGCUUGCUUUCCAACAAUGUGACCAGAAACAUCACAUUACUAAUUUGGGAGAAUUUAUCUAUUUUACCUUUGGAAAAGUCAAUGCAACAGCUAGGCCCAAAGUGUCCUUUUCAGGUUUGGAUGUAUUAGGCCAAGAAAAGGUAGAAUUACUGUUUCCUCCCACCCCACCCCCCUUUUUACCUUCUGCCUUCUUUCUUUAAAGAAACUGGUUGGCCUUUUUUCAUCCUUUUUAAAUUUCACCCAGGCCUUAAAGAUCCCUAAAUGUAGUCAGGUUUUCUGCUAGAAUAAACUAGACACCAGAACAUGCUUUUAAUCACCUGAAGGUGAUUACUACAUAUUUUAUACUUUUAAGUUAAUUUGCAGUUUUUUCAGAAAACCUGAGGCAACGUAAACAAAGAUGGGCAGAUGAAAUCUACCAAUAAUUAAAAAUUAUCUUGGCCAAUAACCUCCUUCCUACCAGCACUGGAACAGCUAAGUAACUGUAGGGUCACCUAAUUCGAUUCUCACCUCCCUUCUAAGCCCUUCCCUGGCUCGAUUUUUUAUUAAAAUACGAAAACUGUGUUUUGUGGCCAGUAAUCCUCCCCCCACUCCCACAAACACACCCAGAAGCCGAGGGGAGAUGAGCUUGGUUUAUCUAAAAAGGGGUUGGUCACUCACUCCGAAUAGAUUAAGUAACUUCUGGGAAAAAAAAGAAAUAUCGUCACAGAAUUAAGCUAGUUCAUGGGUAGACUGCCACCCUGCAAAGUAUUUUUCUCGGUCUGUUAAAAACAAAUAUUCCAGGGUACAUUUGAAUAUAAAUUUAUAGUGACACAUGGCUUAUUUUCGGUAUGUAAUUAAAAUAAAAAGUUUUCCAAUACUCUUAAAAGUGUCGAUGGGUAUAGACUUGGGGGAUUUGAAAUACCAACUAUAGAUUCCCCUUCUUGCUAAUAAUAAUACUCUAAUUUCAACCGCCAGAGCAAGGAAGUUUGAACUACUGAGCCUUCCUGGUGUUGACUCACUCAUACAAGCCACGGGGGAAUGAACUUUUACACCAUGGAGUCACGUGAGCUACCUGCAUGUUGGUGCAAGCAAGUUUCUCAGUAGUAUGUCCCAGCCUCUCCCUAGC